CGCUCGGCUGUUUUCCUUGGUCACAGUCAUCACUCCUAAACUUCCAUAGCUUAAAUUAUAAGUUUUUAAAUCUUUGAACCAAAGCCAUGGCCACCUUGCCUGCUCUCUCUCUACCACUCGCCACCCUUACCCUCUCUCUCCUCCUCUUGUUCCACUCCUCCGCAGCUGCCCCCAGAAAGCUUAUUCAGGUCCAGCAGCAGCCCCUAGUCCUUAAGUACCACAAAGGCCCCCUCCUCACCGGUAACCUCACCAUCAACCUCCUCUGGUACGGCCGCUUCUCCGCCACCCAGCGUUCCAUCAUCGCCGACUUCCUCCUCUCCCUCUCGGCGGCUUCUCCGCCGCCACCCCCCUCUGCCGCCUCCUGGUGGCACACCACCGCCCUCUACGGCGGCUCCGCCCCCCGUCUCUUCCUUGGCCGCCAGCUCCUCGACGAUCACUACUCCGUCGGCAAAUCCCUCUCUCCCUCCCAACUCUCCCUCUUAGCCUCUAAACCUGGCGCCUCCCCCACCAACAUCAACGUAGUCCUCACCUCCGUUGAUGUUGCUGUCGACGGCUUCUGCUCGAGCCGAUGCGGGACCCACGGCCCGCUCGCCGGCUCGGCCGGGUUCAUCUGGACCGGCGACUCGGAGGUCCAGUGCCCGGGUCAGUGUGCCUGGCCGUUCCACCAGCCGGUCUACGGCCCCCAAACCCCGCCGUUAGUCGCGCCUAACAGCGACGUCGGCAUGGACGGCGUCGUCAUUAACCUCGCCACCUUGUUGGCCGGAGCGGUGACUAAUCCUGACGGUAACGGCUACUUCCAGGGGCCGGCGGAUGCGCCGUUGGAGGCGGUAUCCGCUUGUACCGGGAUAUUCGGAAGCGGGGCUUAUCCCGGAUAUCCCGGCCGGGUCCUGGUGGAUCAAACCAGUGGGGCCAGUUACAACGCGAGGGGAUUGGAUGGGAGGAAGUAUUUGCUGCCGGCGAUGUGGGACCCUAAGACGUCUCAGUGUUCCACCCUCGUAUAGAGAUGGAAGUUUUAGAUGUUCUCUUAUGUACUCCUAUUUAUUUUUCACAUAAUGAUUGUUAUAUAAAUGCAAGCAGAAUAAGGAUGUUGGCCCCAAUAACCCAAGGGGGGCUAGAAGAAUGAUGUAUGAUUGUAAUGUUUUCCUGGUCAGGAAUAUUAAUUUUUAUUUGGACCACGAAUUUGUUAAAUAUUGUAGAGGUGCCAGUUUUACAAUUUCAAUUGUGAAUCUACCUGCCAGGUGAUUUUAA